AUGAAGAUAUAUGAUCGUGUCAAGGAAUAUGUUGAGACCCCUGAUGAUGUUGGUGAGUACAAAAUGCCUGAAGCUUAUGACAUGGAUGAAAAUGUUAAUCAAGAGAAGAGAUUCUCUGUGGCCAUGCAGCGGUACAAAGAUCCUGAGGCCAAGGAUAAAAUGAACCCUUUUGCUGAACAGGAAGCAUGGGAAGAACACCAAAUAGGAAAGUCGAAACUGCAAUUUGGAUCCAAAGAUAAGAAGCCGUCUUCAGAUGAGUAUCAGUAUGUAUUUGAAGAUACGAUUGAUUUUGUUAAAUCAUCAGUCAUAGAAGGAACCCAGCCUGAAGACGAUUCAGAUAAAGAGGACAUUGAAGCAAAAGAUAUUUUGAAAAGGGAGCUCCAGGAUGAGCAAAAGACACUUCCAAUUUUCAAAUUUAGGGAUGGGCUGCUUAAGGCUGUAGAAGAGUAUCAGGUUAUCGUCAUAGUGGGUGAGACUGGGUCCGCAAGAGUAUCUCAAGAAAUGGGUGUUAAACUUGGACAUGAGGUUGGUUACUCUAUAAGAUUUGAGGAUUGCACUUCAGAUAAAACAAUUAUUAAGUACAUGACUGAUGGAAUGCUUCUAAGGGAGUUCCUUGGUGAACCAGAUUUGGCUAGCUAUAGUGUUGUCAUGGUUGAUGAGGCUCAUGAGCGUACCCUCUCCACUGAUAUCUUAUUUGGUCUGGUGAAGAAUAUUUCUCGUUUUCGACCAGACCUGAAGUUGCUCAUUUCUAGUGCCACCCUUGAUGCAGAAAAAUUUAGUGACUACUUCGAUUCAGCUCCUAUUUUCAAGAUACCUGGGAGGCGAUACCCGGUUGAAAUUCAUUAUACAAAAGCCCCAGAGGCUGAUUACAUAGAUGCAGCAAUUGUCACUGUUUUACAGAUACAUGUGACACAACCGCCUGGAGAUAUCCUGGUGUUUCUCACAGGUCAGGAGGAAAUUGAAACAGUUGAUGAAAUCCUUAAACACAGAACAAGGGGCUUAGGCACCAAAAUUUCUGAAUUAAUUAUAUGUCCUAUUUAUGCAAAUCUGCCUACCGAGCUUCAAGCUAAGAUAUUUGAGCCAACCCCCGAGGGUGCCCGUAAGGUGGUUCUGGCCACUAAUAUAGCAGAGACUUCAUUAACCAUUGAUGGUAUAAAAUAUGUUAUUGAUCCAGGCUUUUCUUCAGCAAACCAGAGGGUAGGAAGAUCUGGACGCACUGAACCCAGAAAAUGCUUCCGUCUAUACACGAGUUAUAACUACAUGCACGACCUAGAAGAUAAUACUGUUCCGGAGAUCCAACGAACCAAUCUUGCGAAUGUUGUGCUUACACUCAAGAGUCUUGGUAUUCAUGACUUAGUUAACUUUGACUUCAUGGAUCCACCUCCAUCAGAAGCCCUAUUAAGGGCUCUGGAACAACUUUUUGCUCUCAGUGCACUCAACAGUCGUGGAGAGUUGACCAAGACUAGAAGAAGAAUGGCAGAAUUUCCACUGGAUCCUAUGUUGUCGAAGAUGAUUGUUGCUUCAGAGAAAUAUAAGUGUUCUGACGAGAUUAUCUCCAUUGCAUCCAUGUUGUCAAUUGGCAAUUCUAUAUUUUAUCGUCCGAAGGACAAACAAGUUCACGCAGAUAAUGCAAGGUUGAACUUCCACACUGGAAAUGUUGGGGACCAUAUAGCACUACUAAAUGUGUAUAAUUCUUGGAAAGAAACAGACUAUUCAACUCAAUGGUGUUAUGAAAACUAUAUACAGGUGCGCAGCAUGAAGAGGGUAAGAGAUAUUCGGGAUCAACUACAGGGGCUUAUGGAAAGAGUUGAGAUUGAGAUUUGCUCAAAUGCCAGUGAUUUAGAUGCUAUUAAAAAAGCUAUAACAUCAGGUUUCUUCCAUCAUUCUGCACGGUUGCAGAGGGAUGGUACAUAUAAGACUGUCAAGAACCCUCAGACCGUACAUAUCCAUCCUAGUUCAGGAUUAGCGGAGAUACGUCCGUGGUGGGUAGUAUACCAUGAAUUGGUUCUCACAACAAAAGAGUUUAUGCACCAGGUGACGGAACUGAAGCCUGAAUGGCUGGUAGAGAUAGCACCACAUUAUUACCAACUAAAGGAUGUGGAAGACUCUGGAACAAAGAAGCUACCAAAGGGCCAAGGACGAGCUGCAUUGUAG